CAUGAAGGCGAUGAUUCACUAAUGGAGGGGUUGGCUUAUCCACCAGCUGCAACGCCGCUCUCGAGCCUGCCCAUCUCACUUGAUGACCUAAUUGGCGAGCAGGUCAACUAUGGAACAGGGUUUACCCAUGAGCUCUGCUUUCUUUGAAAUUUAAGGUUUAAAACGAGGUAAAUGUGAGGUGGCACCGGCAUUUCUUUUUUUCUCUUCCCCCCCACCACGCACUUCACUUCUUUUCACCGAGUCACCUUCGCGUCUUCAGUUCACCUGCCACUUUUGACACGACCUCGGUGUUCCCGCACAAGUUCUGCUGAAUCCCGCACGCAUCGCCAUCAGGAUCCAGUCGCACUUUAGGACGAGAGAAAAAAAGCGAAACUUCUACUAGUCGUUCUGGGUGUCUCACGUUUACGCACAAGAUGAGUAAGUCUGACUCCGAGCCAAACAACAACGUCUCUAUUGAAGAGGAGGUACGAACUCUAUUUGUCAGUGGUCUGCCAACAGAUAUCAAACCUCGUGAGCUCUAUCUGCUAUUUCGACCAUUUAAGGGUUAUGAGGGUUCACUUAUCAAGUUGACAUCAAAGCAGCCUGUUGGGUUUGUAACCUUUGAUAGCCGUUCCGGGGCUGAAGCGGCCAAAAAUGCAUUAAACGGGGUUCGAUUUGACCCUGAAAACCCGCAGACCCUCCGGUUAGAGUUUGCUAAGGCCAACACGAAGAUGGCAAAGAGUAAGCUGAUGGGCACUCCGAAUCCCACAAAUAUCCACCCAGCUCUAGGAGCGCACUUCAUAGCACGGGACCCAUAUGACUUGACAGGGGCAACGUUGAUCCCAGCGUCUCCAGAGGCCUGGUCUCCUUACCCACUCUAUACCCAGGAGCUCAGCCCGGGCCUGCCCCACACUGCUUUCACCUACCCAGCAGCAGCCGCUGCCGCAGCAGCCGCACUUCAUGCUCAGAUGCGCUGGUAUCCCUCCACAUCAGACUCAUCCCAGCCUGGAUGGAAAUCAAGGCAAUUCUGCUAAAAAUAAAGUUUUUCUCUGCAAAUGGCACCUUCCAGCUCCGGUUUAAAAUCAGUCCAGUUCAUUUGAACUUGUGGUUUUUGGAUGUAUUAACUGUGGAAUUAGGCCAUGAAAAGAUGAAAUUUAAGCUCCCAUUGCUCAUUGAGCAUAUAUUGAAGUCAUAUUGCCAACAGCACAAAAAGAGGCAUAUUAGAUGGUACAAUAGACCUUAGUUGUUCUUAAUGGAUCAGCUCCUUGAACUUUUUUCCCCUUUAUUUUGUAUUGAAUUUAAGAUUAAUGCUCUUUCAUGUUCAUUAAUUGAGAUUUGCUAUGGGUCCAAGUAAAAUGAGACAAUCAACUGACAUUGCAGACACAAAGCAUGUAAGUUUUGGCAUGUAGUGUAGCUCUGUGCGUCAUUCUAGUAUGUCUGUUGCUUUCAUGACCGGUGUAACCUUGUUUGUUUGAUAGCUUGGUCAUUGAAGUUGCUUAUGUUAUGUACAUAACCUUGGCCAACUCAUUUUGAUGGGUGAUGUCCAGUCCGAUAGAUGGCUUCCCCUGCUAGUUUCCACUGUAACGCAUCACAGAGGGAAUGAUAGCUUUUCAAAAUAUGAGACUAAUUCAAUCUAGUGUAUAUCUGGGGAGAAAAGUGUUUGCGCAAAUUGAAAAUAAGUAAUCUGUAUAAGUUAUUGGUUACUCUUGCUUUGUUUUGAUGUUUGUUUUUGUAUAAAUGUCCAUUUUUAGCAGUUUCAGAGAUUAAGUUGUAAUUUUCUUUGGUUUGACUGUCAGUGUGGCACAAACUAACAUUAUAUGGACAGCAAAUUUGGCUGCUAACAUGAAAAUGCUGUUUCAAGUUAAUACUCUGAAUAUAAAGAUAUGCUACAAUGGUGCAUGAUUUUAAUGUGGGUAUAGUAAUGGUUAAUUCAGACAUUAGAAGUGUAUUUGUAAAAAAAAAAGUUUGUGAAAAUACUACUGUAUGAUGGUAUUAAAAUGGGAAUGCAUUAAAA